GUCGAUUUCACUGCAAACGAUAGCACCGUUAAAAGUUCAGAUAUUGAUGAUGAAGGUGAUCGUGUGGUUGUACGUACAGAUGAUGAACUGGCUGCGAUGCUGUCGUGUUUUGAACAGAAUUCAUUACUGCGUGUUUAUAUAAAGGAUCCAUUAGCGGACGUGAGCCCUCUACUUGAAGCCAACGUAUCAUCAUCGCCUCUGAUGCCAGACUCCAUCAAACGUCUCGCCGUGAUAUCAUCAGGUCGUUCAGGGACGGUUUACAAAAGUUUGGAUCUGGAACGAGAUCGAGUAAUUGCGGUGAAAUGCGUGCUGAUUGACGGUAGUGCUGAAAUGAUGUGCGAGGCACUGCGAGAAACGAAUAUUCUCCGAACGUUCUCAUUCAGCAUCGAUGCAAUGACAAAUCAUGCUUGUCGGCCGGUGUCUACCAAUCGUUGGUCACCGACAGUCAAGCCACGGAGUUUUCGUGGCAUCGAGAAGGGUCUUUUGGACUGCUCCUCAAGUCCGUUCAUAGUGAAAUUCUUCGGUGCCAUGCUUAUCGACAGUGAGCUGUGCUUAUGCAUGGAAUUCAUGGACGGCGGUUCGCUGGAUAGAUAUGGCAAAUUACCAAGCGAUGUUCUUGGUUCGGUCACUGUUUCGAUCAUUAAUGGCUUGUCGUUUUUGUGGUCUAUUAAAGUGAUGCAUCGAGAUAUCAAACCGAGUAAUUUUCUCGUUAAUUCGCAAGGCAACGUCAAACUGUCCGAUUUCGGUGUAUCGAAGCAACUCGAUCAUUCGGUAGCGCGUAGUUUUGUUGGCACUAAUGCAUAUAUGGCACCUGAACGACUUUUCGGUGGACCGUACAGGAUCUGUUCAGAUAUCUGGAGUAUGGGUGUUUCAUUAUGUGAGAUGGGAGUUGGUAGAUUUCCAUUGGCGGAUCAAGAUGAGGGUUUAUCAAUAGCCGUACAGAGAGUCGUGAAUGGCGAUGUUGACGUAUCAUGUUUGCUUCAGCAGGCCGAACUGUGUGCAAAUUUUUGGAAGAGUAAAAUAAAUUUGAAAAGUCUAUUUUGGUUACUUUCAAGCUGUAACAAAGUAAAAUGUUCGCUGUAUGGAUCGUGUCUGGAUUGUGUCUUCCCAGACUGUGAGUACGGCACAAGAGUAAGUCUUAAUUGUACGACGAAACGAACUUGUGGCCGACAAUAUUCGCUGAAGAAGGAGACCGAGUGUCGGUAUUGUUGGCAGCUUAAGUCAUCUGAAUAUGAUUGUGUUGCUGUAGGAUACAGCUGGUGGAAAGCAUUAUUACUAUCGAUAACUCUUGGUGGUUUCGGUGCGGAUCGCUUCUAUUUGGGCAUGUGGAAGAGCGCGAUCGGCAAAUUGUUCAGCUUUGGAGGACUCGGCGUAUGGACGUUGCUUGAUGUUAUUCUGAUCGCUGUUGGCUAUGUUGGUCCUGCGGAUGGUUCACUUUAUGUGUGA